CUUUGGUGGUUUUUAUUGAUUUAAUAUGAUUGAAGUUAGGCAUUAGCAUGAUGCAACUUGAAGAACUGUAAGAUAGUGACAUCAGAUAUUUCUGAAAUACAAAUUUCUUUUCCUAUGUUCAUUAUUUCAAAAACUUAUUUCUUUAUCUAUUACUUUUAUUGUUUAGCAAUAUGAUGUGCAAUUAAUUGAGAUAAAAUAUUUGACAAUAUUUUUGUUUAAAAUGAAGCAUAUAUUCUCUUUCUCUUAUCCAGUUUCGAAUUUGGUACUGUAGUCGAUUCCUAUUAACUCGAACGUUUGUACGUCAGAAAUUUUCAAAGAUAAAAUAUGUUGAAUAAUUUUCUGUCACAUUUGUGAUGACAACGUAUUAAAGUUUGAAAAGUAGAUUCAGUAUGUCUUGUAAUAUUUGUCAAACGAAAUUUUCCUUCUUCACAAGAGAAGUUGCUUGCCCCGGCUGUGGUUUUUCAUGUUGCAGUAGGUGCCUCAAAUAUAAAUGUAAUAUUCCAGAUAGAGGGGUGAAAAAGGUCUGUGGACGUUGCUUUAAUAAAUAUAAUUUUACAAGUACCUCAAGCUUUAAUAAUAAUAUCGAAAUGAAUGGCCACGAAGAACCAAUGGCUCCAGUGGACAUUACAAAAAAACUGGACUUGUUGGAGAACCCUGUGAAGCCUCCUAUUGUAAUGUACAAGCAUACAAAUCAUUGGGAUAGAUUUAAAACUGGGUUAGAACCAGCUGAUCAGGAGAUAGUUGAAAGAUUAAGAAAAUUGAAGGAGGAAGACAAAAAUACAGCUUUAAGUGUAGAUGAGAUAAAACGGAGAUUAGCAUUGCUAAAGGAUGAAGACCCAGAUGUUAGGCAGCACAGAAUAAAUAUGCAGCAAGUAGAUACCAGAACAGACCAACAGAAAACAGACGAUUUAAUACAAGAAUAUUUGAAUCAAUUGGAACUAUCCUCGGGCAGCGAUUCAGUUAGCGAAAUUCAAGCAAGGCUAAGAUCACUACAAGGCAUUAGUGAAAAACCUAUAGAACAUUCAGCUAAUGAUGACAAUGAUGAUGAGAAACACGUAACAAAGAAAUUAAUUGGGAAAGCUUUGGCAGAAGCAGAAUUGGAGAAAAAAUAUGAGAAAGACUUAGAAGAGGAUGAAUUGGAAGAAAUGGAACUCGAGGAGGCAAAACAUACUGAUGACGAAGAUGAAAAACCUAGCUGCGUAAUGUGUGAACAAACUAAAGAUUUACAGCGAUGUUUAGGUUGCCACGGCGAUCUAUAUUGCCCUGUAUGCUUUGAAGAUAAUCACGAUGAUUUGGAGUUAAAAAUGCACAAAAGAGAACCAGCAACAAGACGCAAUCAAUUUUAAAUGGAAUGGCUAGAAAUUUUAGAGAAACGCUUCGCAAUGAUUCACGUACAGUUUCAUUGCUAAAAACACUUUCUGUAUAAUUUUUACGAACAAUAUUUAUAACCAGCAUCGUCACCUGCGAUUUUGAUAUCAGAAUACGGUCAUUUAAAUAAAAGCAUUCCUCGCAAAAUACACAUAUACAUAAAAUAAAUAAUACAUAAUUAUAAUAAGCUGUAAGUUUAAAGCCAAGAUUGUGAUUGUAUUAAUGCGUGUCAUCGAAAGUUAUUGUUGCAUUACAUCUGCUUUCAUAGUAAAUAAUUUUGUAGCAAUCUCAGUUUAACAGAUUUAAUAACAGAUAUUCACGCUUUUGCUAAAAAACAAA